AUGAGAAUUGAAGAUACUAGCUAUGGCAAUAGCAAACAUCUUGGAUCAAUCUACAACCGCCUACAAGCCCUUGAAGGAUCAUCUCAUGCCAAUUACAAGAGAGAGAGGAGUCCAACACCCAACCACCCUCCCUUUUAUUGCAAUGCCAUCACAAGAAGAAGCACUACUCAAGUCCAUGAGGACAAUGAAGAAGAAGAAAGAGAGUAUGAGGAACAAUUGAAUGAUGAAGAUGAAGAGCAGAGCAUCGACAUCAAUGCUUCUCCAAAACAGAGCAGGAUACACCUAGCCCUAGACCCUCGUUUCUCACCAACACCAAGAAGUCAAGCUUCUACACUUCCAAGACUGGAAGCAAUGCAAAGACCAUCACCACCUACUGAAGAAGAAGAUACUUGGCAAUAUGAUCCCAUUGAUCCCAACAAGAUAAGCCCCAUGAAGCUUAAAGAGUUCAAUGCUAAGCCAAAAGAGCGAAGACUGUCCAAAGCCGAUCUAUCGAGAAUCGACGCCCAAACCGCGCAGAACGGCUGGCCGAGGAACGCAUGUUCCGCGCUCGGCCAAAAUUGCGUCCGUCCGUCUGAAGUCUCGGCCAAAGUUCAAAACCGUUCGGCCGAUCACGCAUCACGACCCGGGAAACUAAGACCCGCGGUCGGCCACGCCAACCGUCCACGCCUCGCCGCGCACGACCAUGCCGCGCGAGCCGGGAAACAAAGCCUCGCGGCCGCGCAACCUAUCUCGCGCACGCACGUCCGAUGGUUCCCUCGCGUCCGGCCGAGAAACCAUCGGCCAUUCCAUCAAUCCGUCCGACCACACCGGCCGACCGUUAAAUCAUCCGGCCACGACCGUUCCGACUCGGCCACAACCCGACUGUCCGGCCGAUCGUCCCGACCGACCGUCGAACGCCGCGGUCGACCCGAAGCCGUUUUUGAAGCCCAAUCCGCACAAUCAAGCCCAAAGCCGGCGCCGACCUAG